AUGUCGCAUCUCAAGGAUAAGGAGCCAGACUCUUCGCAGGAUCAAUCACAGCCUACAGGUUCAAACAAAUUCGAGAUAGACGACAAUCGGGAAAACGCGACCGAUUCUUCUGCAGCGGAUGAGGCUGUUGGAUGGAAAAGCCCCGCCCCGGAUGGAGGCAGCAAAGCUUGGCUAACAGUCUUGGGAGUUUGGUGUGUCGCCUUUUGUAGUUUCGGCUGGAUCAACAGUAUAGGUGUCUUCCAAGGUUACUAUGAAAGCGUUUUGCUCAAGGAUUAUUCAGCUACUGCUGUUUCCUGGAUUCCAUCGCUCCAAAUAUUUUUCAUGUUUUUCGGUGGUCCUGUCGUGGGGCGCAUAUUCGACUUAUCUGGGCCUCGAUAUAUCCUUCUGGUCGGCUCAUUUCUACAUGUCUUUGGUCUUAUGAUGUGUUCCUUGUCUCACAGCUAUUAUCAAAUCUUGCUCUCGCAGGGUGUCUGCAGUGCGAUUGGUGUUGCUGCAAUUUUCCAGCCUGCCAUAUCUUGUCUGCCAGCAUGGUUUGACAAGAAGCGCGGUGCCGCCUUUGGGAUUGCUGCCACCGGUUCCAGUAUUGGCGGCAUCAUCUUUCCCAUCAUGGUGGCUAGGCUGAUUCCUCAAGUCGGAUUUCCUUGGACGAUGCGGAUUUGUGCGUUUCUGAUACUCGGUCUUCUCAUCAUCGGAAACCUCACUGUUCGUGCACGCUUCCCUCCAAACCCCAAAACCAUGUCCCGCAAGGAUUUGCAUGAGCCCUUUACCGACAUCAAGUUCAUCUUUAUUUGUGUUGGUGUCCUAUUUCUCACAUUUGGCAUCUUUAUUCCCAUCAACUACAUCACGGUUGAAGCCUUGUCAAAGGGUGUCGCAUCGAGCCUCGCACAGUAUCUGAUCGCAAUCCUCAAUGCUGGAAGUGUCAUUGGCCGCUUGGGCUCCGGCGCGCUUUCGGACAAGGUUGGCGUGUACAACAUCUUCAUCUUUGUUUGUCUUCUGUCGGCCAUUUUCAUCCUGGCGCUCUGGAUACCCGCAUCUGGAAUAGGCGCGCUGAUUGCCUUUGCCGCCAUCUUUGGAUGCACUUCUGGCGCCUAUGUCGCCUUGGCCACUCCAAUCAUCGCCAAGAUCUCACCUCUGCCACAAAUAGGAUACAGGACUGGGCUAUUGUAUCUGUUCUCAUCAAUCGGUGGCUUGACGACCAACCCCAUUGCUGGUGCAAUUUUGGACAAGUGGAAUGGAUCGUACACCGGGAUGAAGAUCUUUUCUGGUGUCUUGCUACUGGUGGGUACAGCUUGCAUAUGCGUGACACGGCUCAUGGCAACAAACGGCAAGGCCAAUGCGAUAUUUUAA